UCCUUUUUCCUCCUUCCUCUCGGCGACCUCUCUCAUCUGGUUCUCCACCGAAACCAGAAAUAAAUAAAAUCCCCAACUGCUAGCUGCUACCAGAUUAAGCCCGGCCGGCCCCUCUCGAUUCGCCGCUUCGUCGUCCUCCAACGGCAGAUCCCGAUGGUGGCCGCGGCGGCGGCGGCGCCCGACCAGCGGCAGAUCGUGCCGUCGGACGCCAGCAGGAAGAAGGGGCGCCGCGGCCGCCGCGAGAUGCGCCGGAUCGAGGACACCACUAGCCGCCAGGUCACCUUCUCCAAGCGCCGGAGCGGCCUCUUCAAGAAGGCCCACGAGCUCUCCGUGCUGUGCGACGCCGAGGUCGCGCUCAUCGUCUUCUCACCGCGCCACCGCCUCUACCAGUUCGCCUCCGCCACCGACUUGCAGAAUACAAUUGAUCGCUACCUGAACCACACAAAAGGCACACCUACAGACGAGAGAGUUGAUGAACCAGGCGUAGAGAAGUGGAAAUAUGAGGCUACAACCUUGGGACAGAAGAUUGACGCGAUCGAGGCAUACAAGAGGAAGCUGCUUGGAGAGAGCCUUGGAUCUUGUUCAAUUCAGGAGCUACAAGAGCUGGAGUUGCAGCUGGAGAAGAGCCUAAGCAGCAUCAGGCAAAGGAAGCAAAAGAAGCUGAUGGAUCAGAUUUUGGAGUUGAGGCAGAAGGAGCAGAAACUCGCAAAGGAGAACGCGAUGCUCCGCGAUCAGCAGUGUAAGGCCCUGCCUCUGCUGCUGCUGAAUGAUAUCAAGGGCCGUAUGGAUGCUGCUGCCGGCGGCGAAGAAGAAGCGGAUGAUGGGCGCAUGGAGGACGUGGAGACGGAGUUGGCCAUCGGAAUCGGAAGAAGAUGGCCGAGUAAUAGCAGUGUGGGCGCCGAGCCGCCGCAGCAUGGAUCGAUGAGCGCAUGACUAGCAACCAAGAAAGCUAGAGCUAGUUCUUGGAUCAAAUAUAUGUAUGUUCUGGCUCGAUCAAGAUACAUACCUGUCCAUAGAGAGAGAGAGAGAGAGAGAGAGAGAUGGUCUCUGGUCGAUGCAUGUGCUCUCGAUGAAUAACAUGUGAUUCAUUCAUGUUGAGGGCUACUAUUCGUGUUCAAGAAAAUGUUGAAUUCUAAAGGAUCGGAGUGGAGGAGAUUAAAUGGGGAAAGGCAUGUAAUUUCUUUGCCUUGUGGAGAAAUCACACCUCCGUUAGUUGGCUGUUUGUUUA